AUGACUACGGCCAGCCUCAGGAAAAAGAAUUUCGAAAUGAAGGAAGAGCUAGAUAGAGAAAGACUGCAGGUCGAGGAGCUGCGUCAGCGAAUGGAAAAGUGGAGAGAUCAAGUCGUAAACCCAGGCGAUGGCCAAGACGAUAUUGCAGUCGACCUUAACGCAAUCGACCCAGAGUUUCUUAAGGCAUACGCAGAACGACGAAUCAAGAAUCGAACUCAGAAUUCGAGGAUCAUCGGAUACAGGAAGUUGAAAUAUCAAUACUGGUAUUUGUCGGAAAAGGUACGGUACGGUACGGUUCGCAAGGUGAACUCGUGGAUGGAGGUUGCAAGGCAAAAAGAGGAAACAACGCUGCUGCUGCUGCCGGACGGAUUCCGAGAAGUCGACACGAUAUUAAAGGCGCAGGGAAAAGUCGAGAGGGAAGUGUACCGGAAACUAACUGAAAUAAUCAUGUGGCUGGACACGGCAGGAGCGAAUGCGUGUAUAGUCGUCGGUCCUACAUGUGCUGUUUCGCCGCCAAAAAGGAAUGGUGUAAACUGGCAUCGGCAAUAG